AUGGCAGCCAUUGUUCUUGUCUUCGUCGCUCUAUUCCAUUCAGCCUCGUUUGAUGCCCCGGCUUUCAAAAUCCAAAAUUCAACUGAGCGCGGGCCCGGACGGCCCCCGAAAAAAAGAGGGAAAGAUGGGGGCUAUGGAGCCGUGCCUUUUGAAACCGGCGACGAUUCGGGCAUGGCCGACACCUCAAAGCGUCGAAUCGAGCCUUUAACGCCCAACGCACCAACGAGUAGGACAAGCGCUACGACUGCUUGCGCUGCUAGUGCUCGCACCAGCACAGUCUAUGCCAGGCAUGGCCAUGGAACCGCAGCCAACCUGGCUGGUGUCUGGGGCCUUGCCCUGGACCGGUGCCUGGCUUUUGACAUGUCUCGACGGGGCCUCAUGCGGUCUUUAGACUCGAAAGAAGCCACGACCUUCCGAGCGCCGACUCCGCAGCGCAUGGGGUGGUUGCAGGGCCUCGCUGGACCAACGGCGGCUAACCUUUGGCCCUCCACUUAUUUUUCUUUCUGGAAACUGGCGAGGAACGUUUGGUGCGGCGACCGGGACCUCGGGAGAAGAGGCCAGCCCAAAAUAAGGGCAUGCUACGGCACAGUUUCGCCUCGCACGGAGUUGAUGCAGCUUGACGGAGCCGUGCUCUCUUUGCAGGCGUCCCAUGCCUCUGCUCCGGUCUCUGCUCGUCUUCUCAUUGCCUAA